AGUGGCUAAAGAGAGAAAACGGAGCAAUCGAGCGGAGCGGCUGAAGCAGGCGAGCCAGGGCCACCAUCACUCCGCUCUACUCGUCUGGACUAUCCGGGCUAACUUUAGCUACAUGUGCUGAGGUCGAGGGGGAAUCUGAUCUCACCUGCAACCAUGCCGACAGUUACUUUACCGCCGAAAGAGAACGCUCUCUUCAAGAGAAUCCUGCGAUGUUACGAACACAAACAGUACAGAAAUGGGCUCAAGUUCUGCAAACAAAUCCUGUCCAACCCCAAGUUUGCAGAGCAUGGAGAGACCCUGGCAAUGAAGGGCUUGACCCUGAACUGUCUUGGGAAGAAGGAGGAGGCCUACGACUUGGUGAGAAGAGGCCUCCGCAACGACCUAAGGAGCCACGUCUGCUGGCAUGUAUACGGUUUACUGCAGCGCUCGGACAAGAAGUACGAUGAGGCCAUCAAGUGUUACCGCAAUGCUCUGAAGUGGGACAAGGACAACCUGCAGAUCCUCCGAGACCUGUCCCUACUGCAGAUCCAGAUGAGGGACCUGGAGGGCUACAGGGAGACACGGUACCAGUUGUUGCAGCUGCGUCCAGCCCAGCGAGCCUCCUGGAUCGGCUACGCCAUCGCCUAUCACCUCCUGGAGGACUACGAGAUGGCUGCAAAGAUCAUUGAGGAGUUCAGGAAAACACAACAGACAUCUCCAGACAAAGUAGACUAUGAGUACAGCGAGCUGCUGCUCUACCAGAACCAGGUGCUCAGAGAAGCAGGUCUGCACAAGGAGGCCCUCGAGCAUCUGUCCAACUAUGAGAAGCAGAUCUGUGAUAAACUGGCAGUGGAGGAGACGCGAGGAGAGUUGCUGUUGAACCUGGAACGUCUCGAUGAGGCAACAGAAGUCUACCGUCGUCUGCAGGAGAGAAACCCAGAGAACUGGUCUUAUUACCACGGCCUGGAAAACGCCCAAAAACCAAGCAGUGUAGAGGAGAGACACAAGAUCUAUGAAGAAGCCUGGGAGAAGUUUCCUAAAGGACUCGUUCCUCGCCGGUUGCCGCUUAACUUCCUGUCUGGUGAGAAGUUCAGAGAAUGUCUGGACAGGUAUCUGAGGAUGAACUUCAGUAAAGGCUGCCCACCCGUCUUCACCACGCUCAAAUCACUGUACAACGACAAAGAAAAGGUGGCAAUAAUUGAGGAAUUGGUGGUCAGCUAUGAAACCUCAUUAAAAAGCUGUCGAAUGUUCAGCCAGAACGAUGACGGGAAAGAGGAGCCUCCAACCACAUUGCUCUGGGUGCAGUACUUCCUGGCGCAGCACUACGACAUGAUCGACCAGCAGACACUGGCGCUAGAAUAUAUCAACACAGCCAUCGAGAGCACGCCUACUCUCAUCGAACUCUUCCUUAUCAAAGCCAAGAUUUACAAGCAUGCUGGGAACAUCAGAGAGGCUGCCCAGUGGAUGGAUGAGGCCCAGGCUCUGGACACCGCGGACAGAUUCAUCAACUCCAAGUGUGCCAAGUACAUGCUGAAGGCGGGAAUGAUCAAAGAGGCUGAGGAAAUGUGCUCCAAGUUCACACGGGAGGGAGCGUCAGCUGUGGAGAACCUGAACGAGAUGCAGUGUAUGUGGUUCCAGACUGAGUGUGCACUCGCCUACAAAGCAAUGAACAAGUUUGGAGAAGCCCUCAAGAAGUGCCACGAGAUCGAAAGGCAUUUUGUGGAGAUCACGGAUGACCAGUUUGAUUUCCACACCUACUGCAUGAGGAAGAUGACGCUACGCUCCUAUGUGGACCUGCUGAAGCUGGAGGACGUUCUCCGGAUGCAUCCUUUCUACUACAAGGCUGCCGUUACGGCCAUCCAGAUCUACCUGAGCCUCCACGACAAUCCACUGACCGACGACAGCAAAGAACUGCAGGCCGACACUGCUAACCUCUCGGACAAAGAGCUGAAGAAGCUGAGGAACAAGCAGCGACGAGCCCAGAAAAAGGCCCAGCUGGAGGAAGAGAAGAAGAACGCCGAGAAGGAGAAGCAGCUCAAGAACCAGAAGAAGAAGAAGGAGGACGAUGACGAGGAAAUUGGAGGGCCCAAAGAGGAACUGAUUCCUGACAAACUGGUCAAGGUAGAAAAUCCACUGGAAGAAGCUGUGAAGUUCCUGAUGCCUCUCAAACACCUGGUCAAAGACAAAAUCGACACACAUCUAAUGGCCUUUGAGAUCUACUUCAGGAAAGAAAAAUACCUGUUGAUGCUCCAGUCAGUGAAGAGAGCGGUGGCCAUUGACCCCGACCACCCUUGGCUACACCAGUGUCUAGUCCGCUUCUUUAAAGGAGUUUCGGAGAGCAAGGAGCUUCCGGAGGUGGUCAGGACGGUGCUGAAGCAGGAGAUUACCCGGCUGUUCGGUGACAGCAAUGCUAAGAGCUUCAACCAGGCCUACCUCACCAAGCACUCCAACUCCAUACCACACCGACUGGCUGCUGCUAAGAUGAUGGCGUAUCUGGACUCCUCAACGGAAACGAAAGCAGCAGAACUGGCCACUGCACUGGACGAGUCGCUCAACAACAGAACCAUACAGAUCUGCACAGAGGUCCUGGAGUGUCUCCGGAGUGGCGUCCUUGGCGACUGUAAGGAACACGCCGAGUCGUACCGCGCCGAGUGUCACAAGCUUUACCCCUACACGUUAGCCUUCAUGCCCCCAGGCUACGAGGAAAACACCAAGAUCGCCAACGGAGAUGUCUCCACGGAAACGGAGGAGCUGGCCAACGAGAUGUGAGCUCGACGAAACGACAAUAAGUGGAUAAGGAAAAGGAAUUGGGCCGAGCACGGAGCCUUGUGGUACGCCUGGCAGCCAUUUUGCAGAGCCAGAUGCGGGAAGCGAAAAAUGAGCAUUUUUUUUCGCCAUCCUCGGGCUCGGCUCAAUCAGGUCUGACCUGGCAUGGCUUGGCUUGGCUCUGUCCCACAUGGGUGAAAUUCAGGACUGUGUGUGUGUGUAUAAUGAUUGCGUGUGCGUUUGUGUGCGUGCAUGUGUGUGUAUUUGUGGGGAAAGGGGGGGGAAGAGGAAGACAAUAGGAUGGCCAUUUUUACCUUUUUUUUUUUUUUUUUAACAGAGCUGACAACCAUGCUGAAUAUGAAAAUAAAUAGUCGGGAGAAACUGUGACGGACACAGACUGCUGUUUUUUUUUCCUCGGCAACCACUCGAACCUGCUGCUCCGACUUAACGCUUACUGUGUUCCCCUUAUUUUAAAAGAAAAGAUAAUUUAAACGCAGGAGUUACUGAGGACCUGAAGUAGCGACCGCGUCUGCUAACACUUGCUUCGGUCGACUGUAAACUGUGUGAGGAUGCUGCCGCCGAGGAUUAAGGACAUGGAAAAUCUUGCCUCUCGAUCAGAAUGUGCUUCCCUCACGGUUCCUGGUUCAACUUGGGAAUUUGUAAUCUGUUCUUAUGGAGCACAUUGUAGCACAGAAUUCAAAAACUGUCAAGGUUGUGUGUUGCGCUCCAUUUCCAAUACACUGCUACUCUGUUUUUUUACAUAGUUCUGAGAGAGAUGGCUAGACCUAAGCAAUACCUUCCUGUCCGUAACGGAUCUUUUUAUUGAUGAUAAUCGUUUCUAGAUCUGGUUCCACUGAGCCUUGAGGCAGAGUCACUUUGUUUUGCCGUUACUGUUGGAGAUAGUUUUAUCUGCAUGCACAAGGACUCUAUCGGUCAAAGUGGAAAUGAAACUCCGGUACAUCUCCGCUGAUGAAAUAUGGCUCCUCGGAAAAGGUCAGAAAUCAGCAUCCGAGCCCGUUGCCAAGGUGACAGACAGGAAAAUGUUACAUCUCUGACCGGUUUUACUUCACGUGUUCGCCCCCUUUAUGUUUUGUUUUUGUUCCAACAAUCUCUUUUCUUCCCCUUUUUCCUCUAAUUUGGGUUCUAAUGUGAAAAAUGAAAUCUGAGAUGGUGAUGUAUGAUAUCUCUGGAUUUUUGUAUUAAAACCAAAAGAAGAAAUAAAAGAACUGGGCUUUUU